GACCAUUCGCGCAGCUCUGCGGUGAAUUGUUUCCCACAAACUGCACUAAGCCGCCUUUCAAGGACAAGAUGUUGAUUAAUAUAAAGAGCAUCUUAUGGAUGUGCUCUACCUUAAUAGCAACCCAUGCACUACGUAAAGUCAAAGUGGAAAAAAGCCCACCUGUGAAGGGCUCCCUCUCUGGAAAAGUCAACCUACCUUGUCAUUUCUCAACCAUGCCCACCUUACCACCCAGUUAUAACACCAGCGAAUUUCUCCGAAUCAAAUGGUCUAAGAUUGAAUUGGACAAGAGUGGAAAGGAUUUAAAGGAGACUACUGUUCUUGUGGCUCAAGAUGGGAAUAUCAAGAUUGGCCAGGACUACAAGGGGAGAGUGUCUGUGCCUACACAUCCCGAGGAUGUGGGUGAUGCCUCACUCACCAUGGUCAAACUGCUUGCCAGCGACGCGGGACUCUACCGCUGCGAUGUCAUGUUUGGGAUUGAAGACACACAGGAGACAGUGUCAUUGACGGUGGACGGGGUUGUAUUUCACUACAGGGCAGCAACCAGCAGGUACACUCUGAAUUUUGAGAAUGCACAGAAGGCUUGUUUGGAUGUUGGGGCAGUCAUAGCAAGUCCAGAGCAGCUCAAUGCUGCCUAUGAAGACGGAUUUGAGCAGUGUGAUGCAGGCUGGCUGUCUGAUCAGACCGUUAGAUAUCCCAUCCGGACUCCUCGAGAAGGCUGUUAUGGAGAUAUGAUGGGGAAGGAAGGUGUCAGGACCUAUGGAUUCCGUUCUCCUCAUGAAACUUAUGACGUGUAUUGCUACGUGGACCAUCUGGAUGGUGAUGUGUUCCACAUCACUGCUCCCAAUAGAUUCUCCUAUGAGGAGGCCGAAGAAGAGUGUGAAAACCAGGACGCCCGGCUGGCGACAGUGGGGGAGCUCCACGCGGCCUGGAGGAAUGGCUUUGACCAGUGCGAUUACGGGUGGCUGAUGGACGCCAGCGUCCGCCACCCUGUGACUGUGGCCAAGGCCCAGUGUGGCGGUGGUUUGCUUGGGGUGAGAACCCUGUAUCGCUUUGAGAACCAGACAGGCUUCCCUUCCCCUGAUAGCAGAUUUGAUGCCUACUGCUUCAAACGUCGAAUGAGUGAUUUGAGUGUAAUUGGUCAUCCAAUAGAUUCAGAAUCUAAAGAAGAUGAACCUUGUAGUGAAGAAACAGAUUCAGAGCACGACCUAAUUGCUGCCAUUUUACCUGAGUUAAUUGACAUAGAUAUAUACCACAGUGAGGAAGACGAGGAGGAAGACGAAGACUGUGCAAAUGCUACUGACGUCACGACCACCCCAUCAGUGCAGUACAUAAAUGGGAAACACCUGGUCACCACUGUGCCCAAGGACCCAGAGGCGGCAGAAGCUAGGCGUGGCCAGUUUGAAAGUGUUGCACCUUCUCAGAAUUUUUCAGACAGCAGUGAGAGUGACACCCCUGAGUUCCCCAUGUCUGAAACGGAAUCAUCUAUGGCUGUGCAACCAAGUGAAUCUAACGAAACGACGGAAUCGCUUGAAAUGACAUGGAAGCCUGAGACUUACCCUGAAACCCCAGAACAUUUUUCAAGUGGUGAGCCUGAUAUUUUCCCCACAGUCCCAUCACACAAAGGCCGAGCCGCAGAGGGACCAGAAUCAGUCUCGGAUAAAGGGCCUGAGCCUGCGCGUGAUAGUCUGGUGCUUGAACAUACGGAACCUGUACCCCUCUCUCCUGAAGAGUCUUCAGGAGAUGCUGACAUCAACCAAGAAUCCCCAGAAAUGAUCUUUUCAAGGACCACGGAAGUAACACUUGGUGAAGAGGCAGAAAAAAGUACUUCUGUCACCUCUACUCCAAGUACAGUUCCAAGUUCUGUGUCAGCAAAUGUGUUGGAGGAAGUGUCAGUCACAUUGACAGGAACCCCCAGGCCUGCUGACCCAUUGGCCACUGUGGAGAACUGGGUGGGAAUAACACCUGGACAAAUUGUAGAGCUCUCUGGGAAUUCUUCAAUUCUGAUUCCAGAAGGCUCUGGGGAAGAAGAAGAUAAAGAUCAAAUGUUCACCGUGGUAACCCGUUCAUCACAGAGAAAUAAUACCGAUACACUGGUUACUUUAGACACUGGCAAGAUAAUGAUCACAGACAACCUUUUUGAUGUUCCUGCAACUGCUGUUUCCUUGGUUUCUGAACAACCUUCUACAGAAAUAGUGCCCACAAAAUUUGUAGAGGAAACAGACACGUUUGAAUGGGCUUUCAGUCCGUCUCUUGAGGGAAAGCAAAGGGAAGGUGAGGAGAAGGGAACUACAGCUUCUACAGUUCAGCUCCAUAUGCCUACACAGAGAUCAGACCAGUUAAUUUUAUCCUCUGCGGUAGAAAACUCAAAUGAAGCUACAGCUAGUGAUUCAGCAUCUGCUACCAGGAACAGUGUUAUGUCCUUAACAACAUCCACACAGGCUGAAAGGGAAAUGACAAGUUCUAAUCCUUUCUUUCCGGAGACAGAUGUUUUAGACAAUCUGGGGCCACAGACCACCAAGCCCAGCAGUAGCAGUCAACCUGGAGUUCAGGAAGGGCCGGCCACUGUGCCAGGUAGCCCUGUCUCUCUCUCUACGGAGCAGGGCUCAAGAGAAGCUGCCACUGACCCAGCAACCACCGCUGUUUCUUCAUUUUCAUUAAAAGUAGAGUCUGAAAUUCAAAUUAAAAAGGAAAUAGCUAGUACUAUGUCUCCCCGUGUGGAAACCAUAUUCCCCUUUGAGCCACCAGGACUAGAUUUGAGUAAUGUAAUGGACAGAGAGGUUACUGAAGUUAUAAGCCAAACAUCCAAGGAAAGCCUUAUAUCAGAGGCGUCAGUAGAAUCAAAUCACGGGACAGAAAUAAAGGGCUUCUCUACAGAUUUUCCUUUGGAGGAGGAUUUCAGUGGUGACUUCAGAGAAUACUCAACAGUAUCUAAAAUCGUAACGAAAGAAGAAACAGUAAUGAUGGAAGGCUCUGGGGAUGCAGCAUUUAAAGCCACCCAGAUUUCACCAUUGUUAAUCCCUACUUCAGGCCACAUCAAUCACACAGCUGGCUCGGAAGGACCUGGUAGCACCUUUGUCAGCAUGUCAGCCUUCCCUUGGGAAGAGUUCACAGCCUCAGGUGAGGGCUCAGGUGGGCAAGUGGUCUCAGUCAGCAGCUCUGCUGACCAAGUGUUUCCCAGUGCUGUGGGAAAUGUUUUUGGUACAGAAUCUCCAUUUAUUGACCAAGUAUUGGGAGAAGAAGGCACUAUCCAAGAAGCUGAUAAGAGAACCACCAGUUUACCAAGAGCAGAAGCUGAAGGUACUGAACCUCCAACAGAAAAGGGGGACGUGAAGGUCGAUGGCACAGUUUCAGUGGACUUUUCCCAGACGAUAGAGCCAACCAAACUGUGGUCCAGCCAAGGAGUCAAUGCUGUAGGACAAGAAAUUGAAAUCAAAACAGCAUCAGAGGAAAAGAUUCAAGAACAAAAAUCUGUUGAAUCCCCCCAAAGCUCUGUUGCACCAGAACAAACAAUUUUUUAUGAAACUGGAUUUCAAACCACAGGUUCCUCUAUACUAGCAACAGAGAAAAUGUAUGGUGCUGAUGAGGAAAUGGGAAAGGGAGGCAUUUCCUUAGUUGACAUGUCUACUCCAGAUCCAGGAGCAAAGGGUUUGGAACCCUACACUACUCUCCCCGAAGUUACUGAAAAAUCCCAUUUUUUCCUGGCUACUACCUCAGUGACUGAAUCGAUACUAGCUGGAAGUAUAGUUACAGAUUCAUCAAUCAAAGAGGAAGAAAAUAUAAAACCCUUCCCCAAAGUUAUGAAGCCAAUAAUUAAAGAGUCAGAUACUAAUUUAUUCUCUGGCCUGGGAUCAGGAGAAGAAGUUUUGCCUACCACAGUGUCAGUGAAUUUUACUGAAACGGAACAAAUCAUUAGCACAUUAUAUCCCAAGACUUCUCAAGUGGACAGCUUAGAAACUAGCAUCUCUAGUGAUACCACUGAAGACUAUGAGGGAAUGGAAAAUGUGGCAAAUGAAGUUGGACCACUCAUUUCUAAAACAGACAGCACCGCUGAACAUAGUGAGACAGCAUCCAGCACAACUUUACUAGAAAUUUUAAGUGACACCAGGACAGAAGGACCGUCUUUAGCAACUCUCACUUUCUCCACAGACACUGAACAGCCUCAAAAUCAGACUCAGAGUUGGGAAGAAGAAACUCAGAGUAGUCAACCACAACCUACCACUGAGCAAGUCUCUAACAAGAAUUCUUCAGUAGCAGAAACUAAAGAAGCAGCAACUUCUUCUACUGACUUUCUGGCUAGAACUUCUGGUAUUGGAAUGGUCAAAGGAUCUGUUACAUCUACAACAAAACCAUCUGCCUUGUUUCAUGAAUAUUCCGGAGAAGGAUCUGGGGAACUGGAUGUAGUUGAUUUAGUCCACGCUUCUGGAACGACUCAGGCAACCAGAAAAGGAAGCACCACAUUUGUUCCUAAUAGGCCCCUGGAGAAACAUCCUGAGGAUCCAAGUGCUAAAAGCUUUACUGUUGACGGGUUCCCAACAGUUUCAAUGGUGCCACCUCUUCAUCUAGAGCCGAAUGAAAGCUCCCCAGAUCCAACUAUCACAGUGUCCAACACAGUGUCAUAUAAGAGGUCCACCGAGGGUGCAGAUAGUUUCCACCACCACUUGGGGGGAUUUGAGGAUUCCACCUUAAAACCUGACAGAAAAAAAGCCACUGAAAAUAUUAUUAUAGAUCUGGACAAAGAGGACAAGGAUUUGUUAUUGACAAUUACAGAGAGUACCAUACUUGAAAUUCUACCUGAGCUGACAUCAGAUAAAAAUACUAUCAUAGAUAUUGAUCACACUAAACCCAUGUAUGAAGACAUCCUUGGAAUGCAAACAGACAUAGACCCAGAGACACCGCCAGGACCACAGGUCAAUAAUGAAGACAGCGCUCAAAUUCAAGAGAAGCAUGAGGCAGCUUCCAACCUUUCCUUAACUGGGGAAUACUUUGAAGGUUCUGGUGAUGCUCUUCUGGCUGGCUACACUCAGGCCGCACAUAACAAAUCCAUGACUUCUGAAGACAGAAGCCAGUUCAAUCACAUGGGCUUUAUCUUCACAACUGGGAUCCCCAUCCCAAGCACAGAAACGGAAUUAGAUAUUUUUCUUCCCACAGCAACAUCUCUGCCCACUCCUAGUAAGUCUGCCACAGUUCACCCAAAUAUCGAAGAACCAAAAACUGAAGCCAAAGCCCUGGAAGACAUCUUUGAAUCAAGCACUUUGUCUGAUGGUCAAGCUAUUGCAGACCAAAGUGAAGUAAUAUCAACAUUGGGUCAUUUGGAAAAGACACAGGAAGAGUAUGAGGAAAAGAAAUAUGUUGGCCCUUCUUUUCAGCCAGAAUCCUCUUCAGGAGCUGGGGAGGCACUAAUAGAUUCUACACUAAUAGAUUCUACACCCCAUGUAAGUACUGGUACUGUCCAUCUUACGGCUCAGAGUUUAACAGAAGUACCUCAUGUGAUGGAAGGAUCGAAUCCCCCAGAUUACACGGAUACAACAUCACCGGUUUUGGCCUUUGUGGAGCUGUCUCCUGAGACAUCGUCUCCGUUCACUGUGCCUUUAGGCAGUGGAGCGUCUGACCACACAGACAGCCUUCAGCCAAGUGCUCUGCCUGGUGUAGAUGCUGGCACAUCUCAAACGUCCCCAGGAAAAUCUGCAAAUAUUGAGGUGACUUUCCAACCAUCAAGUGAAGAGUACAUUCACAUAACUGGGCCUCCAUUCUUACCUCCUGACACAGAGUCAGAAUCUUCAGAAGAUGAAACUAAACCUAACUUUUUAGAACAAAUGGAAGCUUUUCCCACAGAAUUAAUUGUUGAAGAAGGAUCUGAGAUUCUCCAAGAUUCCCCAAACAAAACCAAUGUUCAACUUUCUGGAGAAACAACCAAAGUAUUUUCUAGUAUGAGAACCUCUGAGGUUGAAACCCUUGUCACAGCUGCAGGUGAAAUUAAGUCAGAAGGUGCUACACUGGGGCCACACCCAAGUUCCGCUUCUGCAACCGCUGGGACUGGGGCAGGUGUGGUGCCUCAGCCCAGCCCACAGACUUCUGAGAAGCCCACAGUUCCUUCCCUGGAAAUAAACUCUGAAACGCAGGCAGCUUUGACCAGAGGGCAGGAUUCCACAGUGGCAGCAUGGGGACAGCAAGUGUCAGCAAGAAUUCUUGAUUCCAAUAAUCAGGCAACAGUGCGCACUGCGGAGUUAAAGACUUCACUUCCAACACCACCACUUUACCUUCUGGAAACUUCUAAUGAAACCGGCUUCCUGAUUGACAUGAAUGAAGAGUCAGUGGAAGGCACAGCAGUCUAUUUACCAGGACCUGAUCGUUGCAAAACGAACCCGUGCCUCAAUGGAGGCACCUGCUAUGCUACUGAAACUUCCUAUGUGUGCACCUGUGUGCCGGGAUUCACUGGGGACCAGUGUGAACUUGAAUUCGAUGAAUGUCACUCUAACCCCUGUCGCAAUGGAGCCACGUGUGUUGACGGCUUUAAUACGUUCAGCUGCCUCUGUCUUCCCAGCUAUGUUGGUGCACUUUGUGAGCAAGACACGGAGACAUGUGACUAUGGCUGGCACAAAUUCCAAGGGCAGUGUUACAAGUACUUCGCCCAUCGACGCACAUGGGAUGCAGCCGAACGGGAAUGCCGUCUGCAGGGCGCCCAUCUCACCAGCAUUCUGUCUCACGAAGAACAAAUGUUUGUGAAUCGUUUGGGCCAUGACUACCAGUGGAUAGGCCUCAAUGACAAGAUGUUUGAGCACGACUUCCGUUGGACUGAUGGCAGCACACUGCAAUAUGAGAACUGGAGGCCCAACCAGCCAGACAGCUUCUUUUCUUCUGGAGAAGAUUGUGUUGUCAUCAUUUGGCAUGAGAACGGCGAGUGGAAUGAUGUUCCCUGCAAUUACCAUCUCACCUAUACUUGCAAGAAAGGGACAGUUGCUUGCGGCCAGCCCCCUGUUGUAGAAAAUGCCAAGACCUUUGGAAGGAUGAAACCUCGUUAUGAAAUCAACUCCCUGAUUAGAUAUCACUGCAAAGAUGGUUUCAUUCAACGCCACCUUCCAACUAUUCGUUGCCUAGGGAAUGGAAAUUGGGCUAUUCCUAAAGUUACCUGCAUGAACCCAUCUGCAUACCAAAGGACUUAUUCUAAGAAAUACUUAAAAAAUUCCUCCUCAUCAAAGGACAAUUCAAUAAAUACAUCAAAACAUGAUCACCGUUGGAGCCGAAGGUGGCAGGAGUCCAGGCGCUGAUCCCUAUAAUGGCGAACAUGUGUUUUCAUCAUUUCAGCCAAAGUCCUAACUUCCUGUGCCUUUCCUAUCACCUCGAGAAGUAUUACCCGUUGGUCUGGAUUUAUGGACCACUGUCCAGUCAGUUGGGGGUUGCUGCGCUCCCCAAACAUCUUAAAAGAAAGCAUUGGCAUUCAAAAAGAGAGCGAACGAGAUGAAAGAGAAGAAGGGCAGGGAGAAACCAUUUCCAGCCUAUCUGAUGUCUUCAGUUUUCUGUUUGCCUCCAGUGCAGACCAUUUUAUAAUGUAGACCAGCCUACUGUACUAUUUAAAAAGCUCCAUUUCAGCACCAAUGGCAAUGUAAAUAAGAUGAUUUAAUGUUGAUUUUAAUCCUGUAUAUAAAAUAAGAAGUCACACUGAGUUCUGGCAUAUUUAAUGAUGAUUAGGGAGCCUCCUCGGUCUUUAAUCAUUGGUUUGGCUGCUUUGGGUAGUUUGUUUAGGCUGGAAAUGGUUUCACGUGCCCUUUGACUGUCAGCAAGACCGAGGACGGCUUUUCCUGGACAACUAACAAACACAGAGUCUUGUAGGCCACACUGCACCAUCUCAGCCUUAGCUGCAGUUGGCUUCACGUGCUGCUGAGGCCUGGCUAACGGGACCUGAUGGGAUGAAGGACUGCAAUGUGGAACUCUUCUUUGCUGCAUCCCUUUUUCUUCACUUACAAGAAAGGCCUGAAUGGAGGACUUUUCUCUGACCAGGAGCAUUUUUAGGGGUCGAAGUGCUAAUUAUUAACUCAACCAGGUCUACUUUUUAAUGGCUUUCGUAACACUAACUUGCAAGCUUCCAGAUCAACACAUUUCAAAUGGAUAUAGACCCAGGGCUCUGGAGGGUGGGGGAUUGUUAAAACAACACACGUUCAAAGAAAGAAAUUUUGUAUAUAUAACCAUUUUAAUCUUUUAUAAAGUUUUGAAUGUUCAUGUAUGAAUGCUGCAGCUGUGAAGCAUACAUAAAUAAAUGAAGUAAGCCAUACUGA